UUCCCUUACACCUACGAAACAUUGGCGAAAGUUUCCGGUUAUUCGGCACCAUAACCCGGCCGAAACCACCCGAAACAACGGCCUUGCGUCGCCAGCUGCGCUGCGACACCCGGGGGGCCAUGGCAGCCCGUCAACGGUGCCCGUCGGCGCCCACAUCGCCGACUGACCGGAUUCCCCCCCAUACCCUUUUCAACUCCCGGCCUCAAAUCCGGUGGCCUUCCCCUCUCUAACCCUAAUCUCGACGCCACCAGCGCCACCGCUUCUCAGCCCUAGCCCUAACCAGAAGAAGACAAUGGCCAAUACCACCAUUUCGUAACCAUAACCCUAACCAGAAGAGAAUAGUUGCUGCCACAUCCAAGCCCUAGCCCUAACCAGAAGAAGAUCGCCUCUCGAUCUCCAAAUCCUAACACUAAUUCCGGUCAUGGAAGAACCAGAACCGGCCUCUGCAACUCAUACAGUCAUGACAGCCACGGUUUACAGGCCCUCCCCUUCUUCCACGUCCACACGUGAAGAUUGCUGGAGCGAGGGUGCAACGGUAACCCUGAUUGACGCCUGGGGCGAACGAUACCUCGAGCUGAACAGAGGGAACCUUAAGCAGAAGCACUGGCAAGAGGUGGCUGAUGCAGUGAACUCACGCCAUGGGUCCGUGUCUCGACCGAGACGAACGGAUGUUCAAUGUAAGAACAGGCUCGACACCUUGAAGAAGAAGUACAAACUCGAGAAAGCCAGGGCGUCAGAGUCGGAUGGAUCAUUCCAGAGCAAGUGGCCGUUCUUUGAUCGCCUCCAUAAUCUCUUAGGUCCUUCGAAGAAGGCUUCGCCUCCUCCUUUAGCAGUUGUCCACCCUUACCAUCAGAUCCCGCAAGCUGUUCCUCUGGUUAUAAGGCCCGUCAAGGAGAAGAGGCCAUUGCCAUGUAGCGCUGGAGGAGGAGUUCCAGAGGAUUCUAACCUGGUUAAUGGAGAUUCAGGUUCUUCAGAGAGCGGAGAUAUUGGGGUUGAGGAUGGUGUGAAAGAGUUAGCGAAAGCGAUUGCGAGGUUUGGUGAGAUUUAUGAGAGAGUGGAGAUGCAGAAGCAGAGGCAGAUGAUGGAGUUGGAGAAGCAGAGAAUGGAGUUCUCGAAGGCUGUGGAGUAUCAGAGGAUGCAGACUUUCAUGGAGGUUCAGCUUAAACUGCCUAAGAUGAAAAAGGCGAAACGCCAAGGGGCUAGUGAUAGUUACUCCUAGCUAGCAACAACUUUUGGAAGCUUAGAUGAUGAAGAUAUUGCAAGCGUCAGUGUGCCAAAAUCGAGUCUAGGACCCAAUUUAAUGGAUCUGGCAUCUUAUGACAGUAAAAUUAUCAUACUCUGUAUAUUUCAAGUUAUUUGUGUAAACCCACAAAUUUCAUGUCCCUUGCUCCCAUGAGCUCGCUUGUCUUCUAAGCCUUCAUAUAAAAUGCUGCCAAAAUCAUUGAAUUAAAUUGCAGGUGUGUCCACUUGGAUA